GUUACCCGGACUUCGUGCUCGCGAAGCAUUCCUCGAGCUUUAAGAAGUCGUCCGAGCGGCUCGAGUACGAGCUGUCGCAGAGCAACAUCUACUCGGCGUGCCCGUCCACGCGCUCGAGCCGCUCGGGGCGCUCGGGCGGGUCGCUGGGCGGCGGCGCGGGUCGGGCUCGCGUCACGUGGCGCCGCAGCGCGUCGUGCCGCAACCUGCGCGACUACAGCUUCGACGAGGCGGGCCGCGCCAAGCGGCGGCGCGACGCGCGCUCGCUGCUGGCCGACCUGGACGCGCUGGCGCGGCUGGACUCGCCCGUGUCGCGCUACGACGAGGCCCGCACGCGCGCCUUCGUGUUCGGCGAGCGCGGCUCCGCCGAGGCGGCCGCGCUGCUGCUGGGCCGCGCCUAUUCCUCCUCCUUUCCAGGUGCCAUCGGCGAGCCGCGCCUCGACCUGCCGUCGUUCGCGCGCACGGGCUCGCAGGACGACUUGUCGCAUGAUAGUUACGAGGUUAUCGAGCGCUCCGACGACGAGUCGGAGACGCGGCGCUACGCGCGCGUGGCGCCGCUGGGCCGCAGCGCCGCGCACACGCGCUCCUGCUCGCUCGACUCAGGUAACGACCUCCCCUCCGACGACGACCGCUCGCUCUCGCACCUGUCCGAGAGCGACGACCACGACGACGCCGCGCCGCUCGACCUGGUCGCCCGCUACCGCAGCAACAACGACAUCCCGCUCGACCCCUUCCUCGUCGACGACCCGCGCGUGCUGCCCAGAGAGAAGCUCUCGGUACGCUCUGAUGGUAAUUUCUAUAAGGAAAUCAAAAGAGCACUCGGCUCACGAACUUCGAGCCAAGAGUCGAAGAGUGACAUUUAUGAUUCCAAAAUAUCCAAAAGUAGUGCUGAGUCUAGCAAGAAGUCGCGGGACAGUGUGUAUCAUACGGACAGUAAGAAGUCCCGCGAGACACUGAAGAGCAAAAGCUCCGAUAGGUCAGGAUCGCGAACCUCCAGUCAGGACUCCAAAUCCGAUUAUUAUGACUGUAAAAAGAAUUUGUAUGAGCCUGACGAAAUUAGUAUGAGGCGACGUAGUAUUACUAGUAUUCAGAACGCUUACAUAGAUCCAUUCGAACCGAUAUCUCCAUCGUCUAGCCCCGAUUCGACCAAAGAUUUCUUUGAUACCCAAGCCACAUUCAUUAGUAUGGAAAAGCCAGAGUACCGCGAGAAGACGCUUUUCGACAAGUCGCAUGAAGACUUGAUCGCUAAUUUGGCUAACUCCCCUAAUUAUUAUCUCUCUACGCCGUACUCGACCUUUCCAAGUAACAGCAAGCACGUUAAAGAGCCCAGUCCAAUGCACUCAGCUAGCUUACAGCAUGUGGAGUUGGAUCAGUAUUCCGGCCAGUUCGAAUCUGAUUCGAGCCCACCAAAGAAAUCUGAUGAGUUGUCAACUGAGGAUGAAGAUAUGCAUCCACAAACGACACAUAUUUGGCCAGAAAAAAUAGUUGGACUCGAUACUGAGAUCGAUAGUACUAGAGCUGCUAAAAUACAUAGCUAUCAGCGCCGCCGUUCUUCUGAUACAGUGUUCAGUUUCGAUAAAGAAAAGAUAGAAUCACUUACGCGAUCGAUUAGUAAAGAGAAUACUAACUCGCACCUCGUUAAAGAGUCAUCGAAUGAGUCUGAUGUGAAUGUAAGAGUUCUGCCAGCAAUGGACAGCAUUGAAUAUGCUAAAAACAAAGCUAGACAAGCUGCAAUCCAGUCUGGUACUGUUUCAAUUCUGCAAUCAGAAUUCGACAAACGUGGUGGCAAAGUUCAUACUCAUAUCAUCAGGAAAGAGAAUUUGAAGGAGGAGUUAAUGGCGAAGACUCACUUUGAUGAAUAUAAUCCUAAGCUUAUUCUGGAGACGAGUUCUAGUAGCCGCUUGGCUGAUACUACUGUUCCAUACACUCAUCCGACUGUUGAACGUACUAAAAGCGAUCCAAACAGUUUAGCUAACAGACCACGCUUCAGCAGUGUUAACUCUCGUAGACACGUUCUAAUGCAUCAGAAAUCUAUUGACUUAACUCCAGCAGAAUCCAGUGAUGAAGAUUAUAUUUUCCGUCAAAUACCAAGUGCACCGCCGAUCGCUACUAAGCGUUCACACUUCGAACUCCCUUCGAGGCUGCCCGAUCAUAUUCGACCACCUUUCGAUUUGCCUAAGAACUACUUCAAGGAGUUCGACGCGUUCAAGGCAGGUUUCAAGGACAAUAAGAAAGUUGUUGAUGAUGGUUACGAUAUUCCGUAUGUAUUACAUAAGCGGCAUGUGAUGAAUGGAACUGCUCCGUCUCCUCAUGACGAUCAGCGACAACCGCCUGAUAUUGUAAUGCUUCCUCCGCAAAAUGGCCGUCAUGUAGUCAGUGCUCAUCCUAGAUGCAAGUAUCAUGAUCAUCCUAAGUCGCCUCGUUCUCCUAAAUCGCCGAAGUCUCCCAAAUCACCGAAAUCUCCUAAGUCUCCUAAGUCACCAAAGUCUCCGAAAUCACCAAAAUCUCCGAAAUCACCACGUAACAGUAUACAAGUGGAACACACUUCCAAGUUCUUGGAAGUUGAAAAUCGUGACUUCUUAUUCACUCAAAAUAUCGAUCUAUCUAAAGUGGAUCCGGUGACGCUAGAAGUAGACAAAAGCGGUCAAAUGCAACAUUUACCUAGCCCUAAGAGGGAUAUAACUAAAAAGUUGGACCCUGCUUUGCUAGAACAGCUGAAUUCGAAACUCAGUCAGAUAGAAAGCGAUUCCGCUACAAGCUCAAAAACCGAUAGUAUCAGACAAGAGCCUUUAUAUCCGUGCGAUAUAAAGUUCACAAUUAACGGCCGCAAUGUGGCCCAACCGCCUAUUUGCAAGGAUCCAAAACCCCUUACCGCUGCGGAAAAAUUACGAGCUGACAUAAAGUCAAAGUCAGAUAAGAUUCCGACGAAAAGAGGCCAGAAGGCAAGAGGGACUGGCAAGAAGGGGCCGGGGAGUAAAAUAAAAGGGAAAAGUAAUAACAAGAUUCGAAUCACCUCAUUUUCUUCGGACGAUGAGAGUGUUGACUCUGAUGAUGUUUUCGGUACUACUGAAGCUGCCCCGAAACUAGAAUUUUCACCCCCGCAAUCCCGUAAAGAUUUGGAACCUAUUCUACAAUUGGAAUAUGAUAAGAUUACAUCUGGGGCUUGGCACAGAGGUCAAACUAUGAGUUCGACAGAAAUUGAAGGGUCUCCGCCUCAAUGUAGAAAAUUAGCUGAGUUAGAAGCUAAAUACAAUCCUCAAGUACUUGACAGCGUAAGUGGUAACGCUACGGAAUUACGAAGAAUUUCUGAACGUUCCAUUUCGAUCCCAAGUUCUGAAGAUGAUGUUGCAAUAAAAUUUACUGAGGUUAAACAGUCUAGUAAGGAAAGUUCGCCAUGGGAGUACAACGAAAAUAUCCCCUCGCCGAUAUUGGAAAGUACAGAGUUCCUUAAAUCUGAUGACGAACACUUAGCUGAUAUGGAAAUUCAGAAAGUGACAGGUAUUCAGACUGAAGAUAAAAGUGACACAAAAGAAGUCAAAAAAGAGACUGCGAAACUGGACGUGAAGAAAAGUUUAAGAGAUGAACUAAUAUCUCCUAUGCUACGUAAACCAGGUGGGACUCCAAUACUCUUUGCUCAUGCUAGAUUGAAUCUUUCCGAAGGUUCAGUUUUCUCCCUUCAGCGUCAGAAAGCGACACAAGACUCACCCACAGCUAGUCGUAGAGCUAAAAGCUUGGACACGCCUGUUAUUCAAUUACAUAGACUGCCACCUAUGAAUGCCUUUUCUUCAAAGGACGACACUGUCGAAGAUAUCAAUGAAGAAGGCGAAAUACUCGAAGAAAAACCUUUGAUUGACGAAAAGCCAAAAGGAACAGCUGUGAAGAAAGACACAAUCGAUAAAAUUGAUGAACUUGAGGAAGAACCACUUCCAGAACCAGAAGAUCUUAAGUCAGUUGUCAUUGACAACGAAGAGCUACAGUUAUUGGAAGACCUGGUUGAACAGCGUCGUCCGAGAUCGUUUAAGCGCAGAUACGAUUUGACUAAAUUAAAGUCUCAUGCUGCUCGAUCUCCUCUCAGCAGAUCGCCGCUGUCUCGCUCACCUAUAUCGAAAUCACCAUCACGGUCACCUACUUCUUCAUUGAACUCUCCUCGGGGUAGUAUCAGGAAAUUGUCGGAUUUGAGUGAAGACCAAAUUGUACCGGACAUUGAAAGAAUUAAACGUAAGGAGAAGAAAAAGUUAACAUUGAAACCAAAGUCUGAUGAAAAGCAAAAGUUAACUAGCAAACUUAACAAGGGUGGUUCUUUAGAUACGAACGCUACCAAGAUAAAGGCGUUACAAACUCAGAAAUCUCUGCCUUCGUCUCUAAAAGAGCGUCCAGACUUCCUCACAGUGCCACCACUUGACAUGGCAAGGGCUAAGAGCCAGGAAUUGGAACAAUCCGCAAAGAAAUUUGCGAAAGAGAAGUCAAAGUCGUUGGAAAAGAUGGAUAUAAAACGAGGUAGUAGCAAGGAGAGGACAAAAUCACAAGAAGAAAGCGAUACAGAAAUUGCAAAGCGCAAAGAGAAGCAACAGAUGUUGUUUGAAGCUGCGUUGAAGCAAACUAAGACAUUAAUUAGUCCCGUCAAAGAUACCAUGCCGCCGUUCCCACCACCAGAAGAUAAAAUUGUUGUUAAAACUGAAGGGGACAAAAUCAUUAUUGAGACUAAGAUAAAUAGCAAAGCCGAGGACCACGUAUUUAUAGCUAAGUCACCUAAGAAACUAGAUAAUAAACUAACUGGCAAAAUCAGUAGAAGUUUUGAAGAUCAAAAGACUACCAAAACGCCCAGCAAGAUGAAUAAGAGCAUGGAUGAUAAAAAUAGUCAAUCAUUAGAAGACAAGUUUGAUGAUUUAGCUGCUCUACAGAAGUCACCUAAAACUUUAUCUAAAAAACAAGAGAUCAAACAGCAAAUAGAAGGCAAGGUGGUAUAUCAAAAAAUAAGUCCUGGAGCUAAGUCCAAGAGUUUAGAUAGAAAGGUGGAAGUACAUUUGGAUAAUAAAGCGAAAUCCAAGAGUUUGGAUCGAAAUUACGUGACACCGGCGUCAAUGUUGCCAGAGAACGAAAAACAUUUCAAACAAGAAGUUGUCAAAGUAGACGUUCACCCCACUGUAGUUGAAGAACCAGAAAUACUUCCAAGAGAACCAGAAGUUAAAGAAACUUCACCCUCUAAUAGUUACAAAGACAAGACUGAGGAUGAUUCUUCAAUGGAAUGGAUGACAAGUUCUCAACACACUAUCAUAGAAAAUGACACACAAACUGUCAUCAUGGAACGUCGUAAAAUGGAUAUUUACAACAAACAGAGACAGACUGAACUACAAGAAAGUAGGAGUAAUCAAGACAUUCAUUCGUUAGUCUCUUCAGAACGAAAACCAGAAGUAACUCGUUUGACCAGUGAGGAAGAAUCUCUGACUGAAGUCAGUGAAUUGAAAGUAUCUGACGAAAGUAACAUGCUGGGACUGUCGUUGCCAUAUAUUGACGCUGAUAGUUCAUCAGAUCAGGAACAGAAAAAGCCUAAGGUGCCUCGUGGGAUGAGCGAUGAUUCUGGCUCAUGGAUGACAGUGGACUAUGAAGAAACAACCUUGGAUACUGAGUUACCUCUUUCUGAUGCAAGCAGUAAAACUCGAGCUAGGAGACCUUUAGAUCCUCAAGGGACAUUUGACGAGUCUUCCGCAAGCUUGAUGGAGUUCCUGAAACAAGAAUCCAUGUCUCAAGCAAUGUCAGAUAGUGAAACCGAACGUGGUCCAAGAAUACCGCGAGAACCUCCUAAGACUAUAGAUUUGUCUAUGAGCAAGUGGAAAAAUAAGAAUAAAAUUAUUGUAACGCCACCACAAGAAAACAGUCCGACGAUUGAGAACAUACCGUUUAUUGAUUCUAGCACAUCAAAGUCUAAUAAAUCUGAAGGCGAACAUACUGGUAGUUCUGGUAGCGAUAAGUCUCCUACUGAACAGAAACCAGAUCAGAGGACGUUAUUGUCUGCUAAGUCGAGGCGCAGUGAGCUGUUAAAGUUGAGCGCGGAAAGGUCUCGAAGUUCUGAAUCUACUUCUUGGACUAGUAUUGAGAAAGAUGUCAGUCCAUCUAGUCAUAUCAAGGGCAGUUCCAUUGACGAUGAAUCCAGUGUCAGCUGCUCAAUUGCUAGGCCUUUGGGUAUUUCGCAGGACAUCGAAAAGUUAAAUAAGAAGGAUCGUGAGUGUUUGGAGGAAUUGAAACAAGCGAUGGAAUAUGGAGAGGAACACUUGCUAUCUCAACAUACACUAUCUAGCGAUCAUUCAAAAUCAAAUUCCAAAUCGCCGUCACCUAUACCCGAAAUUACUCGUAUUGAAAGUCCUAGGAGUCCAUCUAAGUACGGUACUAGAAAAUCUCCAACUCCGACCUUAGAAAAACAAGGUCAAGUGGAUUCUCAGAAAGCACCUACUGAUUCGGAUUCCAGUUCGGAAAGCAUUGAUAGAACGGUUGAGCAAUUGUCACGGCCAAGCGCUAAGAAGAGCGGCCUUGAAAAAAUAGGCAAAGCUGUUAUAGAAGAAUCGGAAUCUAGUCAAUCAGCUGCCUCAAAAGCUUCUGACGCAGCUAAAGAAUUGCAAAAGACUGUUAAAAAGACUAAAAUUGCUAUUACUAUAUCUCAAGAGGACCAAAACACAACAAUUGAUUUUGAUGACGAUGGUAAUGUCAUAACAUCGUCAUUUGAAAGAGGUGAAAUCAUGAAAAAGCGAGCACUUAAAGAUCACGAUCAAAAGAGUUCAUCUAAAUCAAGUGUUGAUACUACGACCACAACAACGCCGUCUAAAGGAUCUCUAAGUGUUGAUGACUCAUCUUCUCGAAGAAAGGGACGUCUUCUUGAUGAUCAGAAGAGUUCAUCUAAAUCCAGUAUGGAUUCCCGAGGAUCCUUGAGCGUUGAAUCUCGAGGAUCAUUCGAGACAACAGAAUCGACUUCUGGAUCUCUUGGCGAAGCUUAUCGUCGUGGCGAAGAAUUGAAACCGACAUGGAGACCCUUCUUUGGUGCUUCAGGUAGCGAAAAUAGUACAAGUAUUGAAGAAGCUUGGAUACCACAGGACCAUGAGGGAUAUGAAAACUUGGGUAAUAAAGAAGCCUUUGAAUAUAACAAUCAAAGAAUGUUAGAUGACUUCCAAACGUUUUCGAAAAAUCCUCCAUUGUCAGCUAACACAUCUAAAGAUUCAACUGAUGCAGACUUUACAGACGAUCUAAACGAUUUCCCAGUUAACUUCUUGUACCCAGCUACGUCAUCCAGCAAUACUUCGGAUGUCGUUAUAGGUUACGGUCAAACAUUUGGUCGUACACUGUCACGUAUAUCAGAACGUAGCACUGCAUCAGAAAAAACGAGUGCAGACGAAGAUUCUACAAAGGCAUGUUCUCGUUCAGAAAGCAUUAACGAGGAGUCUCUUAAUUCCAGUGAUCAUCAAGCCAGUCUUAGCUCCGACCCGCCUAGUAACGCAAACGUCGCCUACAUAUCAGAUACGGAUAGACGCACUUCAGCUGAAAUGCCUGACAUACCCAUAGAUCAAACUAAAAUUAGUGAGAUGUACGAAUCUAAACGAGAUGUUGAAAAAGCUAGUAGGGCUUUUGACGCAUUGGAUUCAAAGAAAUCUAAUGGCAGUCCUGGUAAGCCUGGUGGUCUCACACCAAAAGCACCGUCAAAGCAAUCUUCAGCCAGUGAGAGCCAGGAGUCAGAUGAUUGGCCACUACCGGAGUUGCCUCCUCAAGCAGCAAGUAGACCUGCAUAUUUAGAUGAGAUUGGUAGAAAAGAGUCGAGUGAUUUUGAUCAAUGGCCUUCCCUCCCCUCCAGUUUAUUGGAGACGCCUAUCGUAGAAAAAGUCCAUAUUUACUACAUGAGUAAUGAACCAGAACAGCCCACUAAAGUUACUUUACAAUCGGAAAGUUCCAAAGAUCAUUUGGCUGGUUCCGAUGACGACAGUGACACACUCAACAAUGACGAUGAUUUGGAGAAAGAUAUUCAAGAGUCUAAAUCCGAGAAAUCUGCUGAAGCAAGUGAAGAGAAUUCUCCAAAAAAUUCUAAAGUUAUUCCUUACGAUCAAUCAGGUUACAUGGUGGAACCAUUGGAGAAAAAUGAUGAAUACACUUGUCAUAAAAGUGUAGUACCAAAUUAUGAUAAGUCCUGCCUGAGUGGAACCAUUAGCAAGGCGACAUGUCUGAUGGGUGAUGUAGGCUCGUGUUGUUCCCGUUCCGAACAUAAAUCAUUUAACAUCAAAAGCAAUUUGGAUGAAAAAGUGAUUAUAAGUCAGCCACAGAAGUCACCUACUAACCAUAGUCCGAUAUACGAGGAUGAUCAUUUAUAUGCCGAUGAUGUGUUCGGUGGAGAUAGUAAGUCUCUUUCACCGGAUUUCGAUAAAGGUUUCUCUCAGCUGGGCACCCAGAAAUAUUCUUUCGGCUCGAAUAAUUCUGAUACAUCCAUUGACGAUCUCCUGUCGCAGACUAAUGCCGAGGAUACUGUCCGUGCGGUAGCUAAAUUAAGUACAGGAAGUGCUGGUACUUGCAAGAGAUGCAGCCACAGUAGCCAUUCGGAAGAAGAAACCAGUUCUUUUGGAACUGAUUUAGAUGGUACCGUCAAAAUUGGACUGCCUCAGAAGAAAUGCACUCAUAGCUCACAUUCUGAAGACACAUCCAUUUGCCUGAGUAUUUCUGAAUGGUCAACUGGUACAAACACAGUGCGCCAGUAUGCCAAUCUGUCGGCCUCUGAAAGUAUAUCCGCUGUAUCUGUGCCUAAGAGUGACAAGUCAGACAAGGCCUCGAAAGUGUAUUCGUCUUCACAUGGAAGUAAGAAAAGCGAACAAAAAUUAAAAUUGGGCUCUCAAGCAGAGAUGAGCUCUAAAAGUAGCAGUCUAGACAAGAGCUCUGAUAAUAUAAAAUACGAUAAAUUGUGCAGCUCUGAUACCACUAUUUCGAGGAAAGGUAUGGACAGCAGUUCAGGCACAAAGAGCGAUAGUACAUUGACCCUAGCUCAGUCUAUAUCAGAUUGGUCGGCUAGUACUAGUCACACGCUAGUUGCCACUGCUCGCGACGAUCAAGCAGAAGCAGACAAUACAAAAUCCGAUGACACAAUAGUAAGAGAUGCUGGUAAUGCUGAAGACAGGCCCGAAACGGAAAUAAUUAUAACAAAAGUAACUUCUCCUACAAAAGAAAUUGAGGAAGCAAAAGAACCAGUGCUCAGGCUGACUGCUUCGUAUAUAGGCAAAACGGAUAAGUCAUCUUCUAUCAGUUAUAGCGAUAAAUCGGAUAAAUCCAGCUCUAGCUCUUUGAGUAGCUUACAGAAACAUGCCAAUGGAGUACUGAGAUUUGACCAAAGGCAAGGAUUCACUGUUCAAGAUGAAACUCACGAGCGCUAUCCAAAAGCGCCGCCGAAAAGUUUGAGCUACGAGGAACAGACACACAGAUAUUCAAAGCCAACAACGCGAUGCCAAAGUGAAGAUAGCGGCUUCAAACCUUACUUCGUUAGCGAACAACCUGAGCUGGAUAUAGACAUGCCGUCACAAUUAUACAGCCAAGAAGAGAAACAUAGUGAACGCUAUCAAAGUCAAGAAUUUUCUAAUAUAAUGCGGGAAGAAGGAGGACCUAGCGGGAAAUUCAUACGAUCCGACUACAAGCCUUUAGCUAAACAUGCAAGUUACGAUGAUAAAACACUGUCCAAGAAUCAGAUAAAGGAGUAUAAAACGUCUCAGCAGUAUCGAAGCAAGCCUAAAAGCUGGUCGUUCCACGAGCAUUAUCUCGCUUCGUCCGAUCUGCCCGUCAUUGCAGUCCCUGAAAUACCUUCUGUACACAGGGAGCUUUCGGAAAAGAGAUCUGCUGAAAGAUCUGGUAAGACUCCUUUAUCUAGGUGUUCUCCUUAUUAUUCCAGUAGUUUGAGCUCAGAGUCUCCUCCAAUACAACCAUUAAAAGCGCCUGUUAAGAAAUCAUUACUUGUUCGUAAUAUUUCGCUGAAGAGUCCCCCGAGUGGCAAUGAUACCGAUAGCUCAUUAGAUGUUAUUCGAGAUCCUCGAGAGCGAAUGAAAACUUUCAGGCGAAAGAAGCAGGUCACUAGCGCACGUAAAAGACAAGAGCGCAUACAAGAUGUGCUCGAAGAAGAUUCCACCAAGAGCCAGUACUCUUCAGAAAGUGAUAUGCUCGGUGGAAAAUAUCUGGCAGUAGAGGAAUCUCUACGUCGAAUGGAAAGCUCAGAAUGCUCGGAUAGCUAUGUUCCUGAAGUAGAAUCGGGUUCAUCAGAGAUGUCCAAAGGUGAUUCUAAAAAUUACGACAUUCAGGAAGCUAGUUAUUCUGAGGACGAGGGCCAAGAUGAAUACGCUAAAUACAAGAGUGCCAACUAUGAAGCACAACAAUUUCCGAUCAAUAUAGCUCCGAUGCAGUUCCAAGGAUUCGGAUCUUCUGCUGAUGAAGAUGAAAUGGGUUUUCCGCGAUUUGAUCGCCUGGGUCGCUUGCGUCAUCCUUACCUCGACUCCCAGGAGCCUCCCUACGUUUCAGAGGAUAGUCCUCCGAGGGUUUCUUAUUCGAAUAAGAGUAGUCGGCAAUCUUCUCUCAAGAAGUCAAAGUCGACUACAGUUUACCGUCAGGCAGAGGACCCAAAUCUAGGCGAAUCAUCUGGUCAGCACCAGCAAAUGGUAUUCUAUGAUGAACAAAGUGACAGAGAUGAUUCUGACGAUUAUGCUUACCCGAUCGAUACUAUAAAGAGGGCCCCAAAAAUGCCCAAGUCUGGUAGCUAUAUGUUUGAGCGCGGAGAGUCGGUAGCUUACUCCGAUACGGAGCUGCCGCAUGAUAAGGAUGAGUACGAGGAGUACAGAGGCAGUCCCUACCCUGAGCAGUACGAGGAAGUGGUGAUGUUCCAGACGCAGGAAUGUUACCCGCAAUACGAGCACGAGCUCGAUGAGAGCAGGGAUGGGAACCAGGAGCAUUACGCGAGGGAUCUGGACCAACGUUUCAGUCUGAAUAAUGUAGAGAGGUUUUAUUCUAGUCACUACGUCGACUCACAAGCUUCUAGCGAUAGUCCUGAGCAAAAGUUUGAUGUGUCCACUCUGCCCCCGCCUCUUUGCUCUGACGACGAAAACGAUUAAGCUGACGUAGUUUGAGGUACAAUUUCAUAUUACAUUUAGUUUGGUCGUUGUCACCCCUCGCCUCGUCGGCUAACCGUUCUUUACUCUUUAUGCGAGCGUGACAGCUGAUUAGCGUUUCGAAAUUUAAAUUCCAAUUAAUGCAAUUAUUGUUAUAUUGAUAUUAGGGUACUCAUUAUAUUGAAUAUUUACAUUGUCACUUUAAAUAUUUAGUAAAAUAAUAAAUUAAAAAAUAUCUAGUGCCAAUUCCCGGAUAGCGCGACCCUUUUGACUAUUGUGUGAACGCGGACUCAUACCUACCUAUAGCUUGAUAAGUGUUUAGGUGUAGUUAUAUGUGUACUAAAUUAUACAUUUCCAGACGUCUUACUCAUCAAAUACUGAUCAAUAUAACGAUAACUCGAAUAUAUCUCUACGUUCUUAGUUUAUUUAGACCCUAGAGCUAAAGCUUCAAGGAACUGCAAUACAGGUAUAAUAAACACGUAGUGCCAAAUUCUUCUAGUCAAAUACUUUAGAGUUUUCAACCUUUAUAAAAGUUAUAUUCGUUGAUAAAAAUAUCCUGAAAAUAGUAUUAUUGUAAAGGCUGUGAUUUACUUUGUGUGGUGAUGAGAUCCAAGAUCUGAGUUGUUCUGUUUAGGCGUUUACUGCUCAAACGAUCGAUGCAUUGUUUCUGUACUUAGCACGUUGUUCAUUUGUCUUAGUUUACUAGUAUUGUUAACUUUAUUUCGUUUUGUCCAUGUCACUAGUUAUUACAACAUGGGAUCUGCAUUCGUGCCAAAUCUGCUCAAUUUUUUCCGACACUUUAUAUUAUGAUAAUUUAUUGUAACAUUUUUAAUAUUGAAUUUUGGAAAUCUUGAAUAUGUUAUAGUCGAAAUAGAUUGAGGUUACAAGAUAACGUGUCGUGUGGGUUAAAUAAUAGCGGUGUUUAAUUGAAUAAUCAUCGAAGUUAAUGACUGCGUCGCAUAAACUAAAUUUCUUCCAAAUUGUAAAAUAUUUUGAGAAUUAUUAAUAUGUUUUGAUCACCAAUGUGUAAAGUACUAGUUCUGUUAUUCUUAAUGCACAGUAGUUUGCUUACAAAAAUAUUUCUAAAUUAUAUCAUAACGUACAAAGGGACUUAUUGGUGGAAAUGAAGGAAAAGUCUUCGAUCGAUUCCUAAAACUCCCUGUAAAAUGCACAAGCAUUAGAUGUUAUUUAUUAUUUAAUGUUUUAAAAACGAAAUGAUAAAUUGCUAGGUCUGUUAUGCUUCGCACCUGCGAUCUGCUUCGUGAAUAUGUCUGACUGAAACUUAGUACUGUCAACUCUAUGUGGUAUAGUUUCAAACAGCCAGUAACAUACCUACAUGGUAUUUGCAGGUGCAAACCUCUUUUCGCGUAUAAAAUAAUUUCUCGAACUUCAAUUUCCUUUUUCAACCUUACAAUCUUUGCUUCAUUUUGAAGACAUAUUGUCAUAAAUAUUCUCGUGUUAUUUGCCAAAAACCGAAUGCAAAUUUACCCUGCUGCGGUUGAUUUAUAUUUAGAUAGGAAUAAAUUUAUCGAAAACUAGACGAAUUGUGUGUCGGUGUAGUUGUGAGACGAUUUAUUUGGGAAUUAGAGUUAGUCAUAAGUCGUGUAAUGAGUGGAGUAUAAUGAAAAAUAAUUAUAAAAAAAAUACACUUCUGUCUGCUCUGGUUUUGAAAUAAUUUUAUUUGGAUGGUUCUAGUAGAGUUACGGUAAUGGAGUACUGAGCAGUGUGCUUGAAUGAGUUGGUGGCAUGGAGAACAAAAUGUCUAGCGGAGACAUUACGCAAAAUCUCCUAAGAAAGUAGCGCGCCAAAAUGCGGGUGUUCGGGAGACGAGGAACGUUACUAUAUCUGCCCUCUUUAGAACCCGCCCAUUUAUUUUGGAACCAAAUCGCCAAUCAAUCAAGAUCAAUCUAUUGACAGAUGUGUCAAGAUACCCGAACGCCUUAUGAGUAAAUAAUCGUCUUGGUCACGUCUACUGUCCGUUACUUGACCUCAGAAGAAGGCCUACCUGCCUGACCUACCCCCUCAUGUCAUUUCCGCUAAUCUUUCUUUCCUCCGUGGUUGGUGGUAUCGUUUGAACUGAAUAGAACAGAAUGAACUAAAAUGUUUUGAGUGAUUACAAGGUCCUUAUUCAAGCAGACUGGUGUUGUCUCUGGCUUAGAAACUUCACUUGUUUUUUCUUAAGAAAUAUUUUACUAUACAGAUUAUGCUGAUGUUUUAAAUAAAGUAUAUUUUAUGUUAUGCAUUGGGAAAGCCAAUGCGUUGUAGAAAAUGUUAUAUAAUUUGCAUAAAAUUAUUCCUAAACUUAUGAAAUUUUAUCUAUAUCGAACCCUUUACAGUGUUUAUAAUGUUUUUCAUUACUUUUCUGAUAUGCAAGUAAGUACGAACUAAUGUUAUAGGGAGUAACGUUCAAAUUAUUUAUAUGUUUUAAUCGAAUGAUUUACUUUUAAUUGACAAUGACUGAAAUUACAACUAACGAUGAGAAUAUUGUAGAGGCGCGUAGUUUACAAUUUUAGUGCUUACUUGCGUGUCAGAAGAGAUGUUAUAUUCGAAUAUUAUCCUAUAAACCCUGUGCUAAAUAGUGUUCAAUUAUAAUUGAAUAAAAAUAAUAAUGGUCGUGUGUGCACGAAGCAAUUUUUAGUCUACUAGCGUGUAAGAGGUCCUCGGGCCUCCCUAGUUAGUGCAAUAACUGUACGGUACGAUAUUAAAAAUCUUAGUACUUAAGUAUUUCGACUUUUCGAUUGAGAGUGUACAAUCCGAAUAGACUGUAAUGUUACGAUUUCAAUGAAUUUGUUUAUGUUUGAUACCCUGCUUUGGAUGCGAGCGUGUGAAUUUAACGAGCUGAAAUAAAUCUUCAGCCAACUUGCUAAAUGUCUGGCUAGAUGAAUUCAAAAUAUCUUCCAUAAGAACUGAAGAAAUCGUAUGUUGAAGAAUGAUAUGAGAAAAGAGUAGACCAACUUUACUUGCUAUUUCUUUUCAUUGAUAACAAAUUAACGUGCAUAUUCUAUUAGGAAAACUUUGCUAGACUCCAAGGAUUCUUUUUUAUAUGAUCUGAAAAGCGUUCAUUCUAAUGCAGAUUGUAUAGUUUUCAUGUUACCUGUCCAUUCGCUCUAGAAUUACAGCAACAAUUUCAUCCGUUUUCAUCGAUUGAGUAUCAUUCGUGAACAUAUAGUAGUCAUUCGCGCCGCAUCCGAAGCGGGAGUAUAAAAUCAUGUAAUAAUAAAAAAUAUUGUUUCGAUUUAUUGAAACGUUACUUCCUUUUUGAAUUUAUAUGUGAGUGAUAGUGUACUGUACACGGCACUGCUCCGCCUUGCCGGGGAUAGUUAAACAAUAAAAACAUAAAAAUAUGCAAGGA